AUGCCACCGCCCGAGAUCUUGAUCGACGACGGCGCCCAAGAGGGGCCAUAUCCGUCAGACUGGCCUCUACUCGCAGAACCAAUGCCGCCAUGGGCGCCUCCAUUUGGUGGCGGCCUCGCAGGACUACAACCACUCAAUUUCCCUCUGAUUGAUCCUUCGUUGGCGUUAUCCAUGGGAAUUGGGAAUAGCAAUGUUUUCAAUCUUGGAAGCUUGUUUCCUGGACAAGCUACCAAACAGUGUCAAAUCAAUCAGCAACCAGACCACAGACCAACUGCGUCAUUGAUACCGCUCAAGCGCAGGUUUUCCGCAGUCGCACAGGACUGGCAUAACGGAAACCAAAUUGGCGAAAGCCAUUCUGCUAGAGAGAGUGCUGACAGCUUAAAUAUUGAAGGAUCUGAUGACCGCAUAUCCCAGCAACCACACAACACACUAGCCGCACCAGUGAAUCCGAUCAAAUGUAAAGUUUCUGUAGCUGCACAGGAGUGGAACAGAAGAAAAGAUCAUGGUGAAUCCUCUAGUGCCUUAGAUGAAUUGAUGCAGUACCAAGGGUUAGAAGAGGUUAAGCAGCACUUUCUUGAUAUCAAAUCCAAAGUUGAUAUUUACAAAAAGCAAGAUCCAGAUGGAGAAAUGGAUAUCCUGAAGUUAGAAAGGUUUAAUGUUGUCUUCCAAGGGAACCCGGGAACAGGCAAGACGACGGUCGCUCGAUUAUACGCUAAAUUCCUAUGCGAGGUGGGAAUCUUAGAAUCUGGCCAUGUCAAAGAGACUUCAGGGGCUCAUAUAGCCUUAGAAGGCGCAAAAUACAUGAAUCAACUGAUCCAAGAUAUUAUCGAGGAUGAAGAGGGUGGCGUCAUCUUUAUUGAUGAAGCGUAUCAACUUGUGGCCCCUUACGCUGGCCAAGAAGGCAAAAAAGCCCUUGAUAUCAUUCUUACUGCCUUGGAAAAAAACAUUGGCAGUUUUUGUGCUAUCUUUGUGGGAUAUAAACAUGAGAUGGUGCCGUUUUUUGAGCAUAACCCUGGUUUAGAAAGCCGAAUUCCUUAUACUAUCAAUUUUGCCGAUUUUGAAGAUGGCGAGCUUUAUCAAAUCUUCGCGGACAAAAUUAAGAAACAAUACGGGGGCUGCAUGCGCAUCCAAGAGGGCUUAGAUGGCCUGUAUGUGCGCAUCGCUAUUCGCCGUUUGGCUCAGGCUCGGGGAAGCCACGGAUUUGGCAACGCCCGCGCCGUUGAGAACCUGCUGGCUAAAAUACGACAGCGUCAGGCUCAGAGACUGACGCGAGAGAAGAAUGGAUUGCCGAAUCAAGAACCGGACUAUCUCCUGCUAACUCAAGAUGACUUGAUCGGACCUGAUCCUUCAGUCAUGGCGAGGAGUUGCCCAGCGUGGAUCGAACUCCAGGGCCUCAUCGGACUUGAGCAGGUUAAGCAGUCUGCGGCGCAUUUAAUCGAAAAGAUAGAGCUGAACUAUCAUAUGGAACUGGUUGACAAGCCUCCCCUGAAAUUCUCACUGAAUCAAGUCUUCGUUGGAGCACCGGGCACCGGGAAGACCACAGUAGCUAAACUGUAUGGCCAAAUGUUGGUUGACUUGGGCUACCUUAGUCGUGGUGAUGUCGUUUUAAAAACCCCAGCUGAUUUUAUCGGCGAAUGCUUGGGUAGUUCAGAGGCCAAGACGAAAGCGAUCCUUGAAGCAACAGCCGGCAAGGUCUUGGUUAUUGACGAGGCUUACAUGCUUGACGCCGGCGACUCUGACAAGGAACAAGACAAAUUUAAGACGGGUAUAAUUGACACUAUCGUAUCAAUGACCCAGGGAGUACCUGGUGAAGACAGGUGUAUCAUCCUCGUUGGCUAUGAAGACAAGAUCCGCGAUCUGUUUCAAAAUGCCAACCCUGGUCUCUCACGGCGCUUUCCCGUCAACAGUCCCUUUCAUUUCCAAGAUUUUACAAUUGAUCAGCUAGAGCAGAUUUUGUUGCUUAAAAUGUCAGAGGAACAGCUCAUCGCCACUGAUAAUGCUAUCACCGCGGCUAGAGAAUUGCUUGCGCAAGCCCUCAUGAGACCUAAAUUUACCAAUGCCGGUGAGGUCGGUAACAUACUAUCUACCGCUAAGAUGAACUACGAGACUCGUAUAUCGCGUCUGCCUCUCCACGACAAGCUUUUGGCUGCUGCGUUGCAGGCUAUUGACUUUGAUCCGAAGUUUUAUCAGAGGGGGAAAUCAGAACCCGGCUGUGAUAAAAUGCUAGAAGGGCUGGUCGAUAGCCGUAUCAUCGACAGGCUUGUGAGCUAUCAACGCAGUUACUAUAUGGCAAGAAACCUAAAUUUGGACCCGAGAACUUUUGUUGCAACAAAUUUCAUAUUCAAGGGCCCCCCAGGUACGGGUAAAAAAACAGCAGCCCGUCAUAUGGGCAAGAUUUUCUAUGACAUGGGCUUUACCUCAACCAAAGAAGUUGUUGAAUGCUCAGCGACCGAUCUUAUCGGCCAGUAUGUAGGCCAGACCGCACCAAAGACACGAAAGAAGCUCCAGAGCAGCCUGGGUCGCGUAUUGGUCAUUAGUGACAGUGGUCGCCUCAUGAAUGACUCGUUUGCGAUACAAGCAGUCGAGGAGCUGCUACAAUUUCUUGCAAAUCCUUUCAAUUCAGGAAAAACUGUCGUAAUUCUCACCGGUUUGACAGCUGAUAUAAACAAGCUCCUAGAACAACACUCGGCACUCUCUGGCCUCUUUUCAGAAGAAAUAAUCUUUGAGGCAAUUUCACCCGAUGAUUGCAUUAAACUACUUUUACAGGAGUUGCAAGGCUUGGGAGUAAAUGUUAACAUUCCCGCUCUCUCUGAUCCGAGCUCUGAAAACUACUGCAAAGUUAGACAACUCUUCCGCUCCUUGGGCGCCCUAUCAGGCUGGAGCAACGCCCGCGACGUGAAGAAUAUGGCCAAACAGAUUAUCAGACAAUGCUUCAACGCUUCUGAUCCAGCUGCUUUGCAGCACGGACCCUCGCUUGCCCACGUCACUGACUACAUGAAUCAAGUAAUCACCCAGAGAAGGAGUCGUGCAAGGGCAUCAGCUUCAACUCGCCCUUCGCAAAGUGCCGCAAAUUCAGCUUUUGAGUUUCAGCAAGAGUCUGUAGCGGCACCAAGACAGAGGUCAGAUAUCUACAGCACUAUACGCGGUGGUAUGGACACGAAGUCUGCUCCCGGCGCAAGUGCGCAGCCUCCAGCCUUGGCUACCUACAAGACUCUGUCUGAACUGAAGUCUCUCAUGCCACCAAAGCCAGAAAAUCCUACACUACCCAAAAAUAAAGAGCAACAACUACCAUCAAAUAAAGUCAACGCCACCCGCGAAGAAGGAGUCUCGGAUGCAGAUUGGAAGACUGUUUGUGAAACAAAAAAGGGUCAAGCAUUUAAAACUAAAAUGCGGACGAUAAUGGUAGAGAAACUUGAACGGCAAAUACAGUCUUUUGAAGAGACAAAAGACGAGGCAAACGCUGAAUUACAUCAAAAUCGGCUUACAAAAGUUCAAGGAGAUAUUAAGGAUGAGGAAAAGAUACAAAAUGCUCUUCAAGCUAUGGGCCGGUGCGAAGCUGGGUUCUGUUGGACUAAACAGGACGGAGGUUAUCGGUGCGAAGGAGGAUCACAUUUUGUAUCAGACAAGGAGCUUUCGGAGAGACUAUGA